AUAUUUAGGCCUUCCUCUGGGGUUAAUCCUAGGGCUGAAAGUUUUGGGGAUCUUGUGAUUGUAGGCAUUCAUCCUACUCUCAUUGUCUUGGUGAGAAAAGAAUUGUAAUAACCUUUUGUCUUCGUGCUAUUGUUUGUACAAAUUAAGUGUCUCGAUUAUAAUCCUCUGCGUUAAUGAAUUGUUUGUUUCUUCUUGCAGACCCAUCUCUGCUUUUGCCUGCAUUAGUUCGUCUUGUUUGUUCGUCAGAUGAAGUAGUACAUUCAUCUGCCAGUAAUACAUUUGUCGCGGUGCUCAAAUAUCAUAAUAAAAAAUUUGAAGUUUUAUGCAUGCUGCUCGACUGUCUUAGCAAUAUCUGCCAGAAUCCAGAUCUUCCUCAAGCUCUAGGUGAUAGAGGGAAAGAAGGGUCAAAGUUGGAUGCUGAUAGAGUGCUCAAGCUGAUCCCUCAGUGGUCAGAAAGUGUUGAAGACUGGAACUCGUUAAUCGAACCAUUGAUUGACAAGAUGUUUGCAGAACCAUCAAACGCAAUUAUUGUCAGGUUCCUAAGUUAUAUAAGUGAACACUUGGCAGAUGCUGUAGAUGUUGUCUUUCACCAACUUCUGUUACAUACAAGACAGCAAAACAGAUGGGAGAAUCAAAACUAUGAAGUUGAUAAUCCUCUGAAGUUGGAGCAUUCUCUCUUUGAUCGCCUUUGUCCAUUACUUAUUAUCAGGCUGCUUCCACUAAGAGUUUUUAAUGAUCUCAAUUCUUCACUUAUAUAUGGUGAACUUUGCAAACAAGAUACAGGUUAUUUUGACAUUCAUGAUGCUGAGAGUGUUGCUGGAAUUCUUCUGAACAGGGCAUUUAAUAAGUUUGAAUUCGAAGAUGUUCGGAAACUUUCAGCUGAGCUUUGUGGCCGGAUUCAUCCCCAGGUGCUAUUUCCACUUAUUGCCUCGCAAUUGGAACAUGCUGUAGAUGCUCGUGAUGCGCUGAAGAUAAAAGCUUGUUUGUUUUCAAUUUGUACAUCCCUUGUGGCUAGAGGCAGGGAUUCACUUUUACAUCCUAUUGUGCUCAAAAUUAGGAACACUAUAGAAACCAUCUUGUUGUGGCCUUCAUCUAAUGGGGAUGAAGUUUCCAAAGCUCAGCAUGGGUGUAUUGAUUGUCUAGCACUGAUGAUAUGUACUGAACUACAAGCUCUAGAAUCAUUCAGAGACUUGACCUCAAAGAACACAAGCCUUGUGAGAAUGGACAGUUCACGGGAUGCUGCAAUGAGAGAUUCAGUACGCAGUUAUGUGAUCCAUCAAUUAACACGUGAUAAGGACUGCACAUAUGAGGCAUCGAUAUCUAUGUCAUUUGUUCUAUGCAUGGCUAAUGUUCUCAUCAGUGCUUGUCAAAAGAUCCCAGACUCUUGCAAGAGACCCUUUGCUCGAGAAAUUCUUCCACGUCUCAUUCAGUCUGUAGAGGUGAUGAUGGAAUCAGAGUAUAGAGCUGCAUGCCUCCAGGUUUUCUUCUCAGCAGUAUAUCAUCUGAAGUCUACAAUUCUUCCUUACACUUCUGAUCUUCUCAGAGUCUCUCUGAAAUCUCUUAGAGAAGGAUCAGAAAAGGAAAAAAUGGCAGGUGCGAAGCUAAUGGCAUCUCUAAUGGCAAGUGAAGAAGCCAUUGUCAACAGUAUUGCUGGAGGACUACUAGAGGCUAUAACAGUACUUUCUAGUUUAUCAUCUUCUGAUCCAUCACCAGACGUACGUCAAGUGUCCGAAAAAUUGCUUGCAUGUUUAACUUCUCUCUAAAUUUUGUGUACUCCUUUUCUUCUUGUAGUUUUCUCUCCACUUGCUACAUUUUUCUUAUCUUUGAAGUACUUGUACAAAUGUAUAUAAUUACAAGGAAAGCUAUGUGGUUUAUAUGCA